AUGCUGCGCGCCGCGCUGCCGCGGGCGGCGGCGGCGGCCAGCUGCCAGCGCCUGCUGCCGGCCGUUGCCGCCGCCGGCCUGCACCACGCUGCCUGGCUAGCGCAGCAGGUGGCGGAGGCCGCGCCGGCACGCAUGGAGGAGGCCGCGCAGGCGGUGAAGGAAGUGAUGGGGGAGCCCGAUCCGCUGGUGGUGCAGCACCUGCAGGCGCAGGCGGAGCCGCUGCCUCUGGCGGCCCUGCGCUUCGACGACCCCAAGGCGGCCUUCAAGGCCAAGUCCAGCCUGGACAUCCUGCGCUCCCUGCUGGUCUUCCAGCUCUGCAAGGUGCAGGCCUUGGUGCGGAACGCGGACAGCGUGCUGGCCUGGAGCAAGCGCGUGUUUGGGCCGCGCCUCACCAACGCCGUCAUCCGCCACACCUUCUACAAGCAGUUUGUGGCCGGUGAAUGCGUGGAGGCGUGCCGUGAAGCCGUGGAGGCGCUGCGCCGCCACGGCAUUGGCGGCAUCACGUACUGCGCAGAGAGCGAGGACGCGGUGCGCAUUCAGCCCACCCUGCGCAAGAUGAAGGCCAGCGGGGUCAGGGCCAUCCUGGAUUAUGCGGCAGGCGAGUGGGGCGGGCAUGCCGGGCCCGCGCCGCGGCGGCAUGAGGACGAUGUCGAGCACGAGGAGGGCCCCGCCAGCCGGCAGGCGCCGCAGGACUCGGUGCUGGUGCGCACUUACGAGUAUGAGAGCGAGAGGGUGUGCGACAGCCGCAUGAGCGUCUUCCUAAAGUCGAUUGAGGCGGCGCACAGCGCAGAGGGGCAGGGCUUUGCAGCCAUCAAGGUGACCGCGCUUGGGCUGCCCGCCCUGCUGGAGCGCACCUCCAGCAGCCUGCUGGCCAUCGGCGACCUCUUCCGCCGCUUCGACACAGACGGCAACGGCUACAUGACGCACGACGAGUUUGCCCACGUCUACUCCCAGCUGUUUGUGGACGACGCGCCGGAGCGCAUCGACGAGAUCUUUGCGCACCUGGAUGUGGGCAAGGACGCCAGGGUGGACUAUGUUGACUGGAUCAAGGCGGCUCUAAACCAGGAUGAGCAGCGCCUGCUGCGCAACAUGAUGGGCCGCGUGGACCGGCUGGCGCAGGCGGCGGCGGAGGCCGACGUGCGGCUGCUGGUGGAUGCGGAGCACUCCUACUUCCAGCCCGCCAUCGACAACACCGUGACCGAGCUGCAGCGCCAGUACAACCGUACCGCGCCGCGCAUCUACAACACCGUGCAGUGCUACCUCAAGGACUCGCACGAGCGGCUGAUGACCGAGCUGGAGCGGGCGCGGCGGGAGAAUUACAAGUACGGCGCCAAGCUGGUGCGCGGCGCCUACAUGUUGCUGGAGCGGCAGCGGGCGAUGGAAAAGGGGUACCCCUCGCCCAUCCAUGACUCGGCAGAGGAUACGCAUGCCAACUACGAUAGGUGCGUUCGUGAGAUGCUGGCGUGCGUGGCGCGGGAGGGCGCCGAGGUGAUGGUUGCCAGCCACAACCAGCGCAGCGUAGAGAUGGCGGUGGAACGCAUGGCGGCGCUGGGCCUGCCGCCCUCCGCGGGCGUCUACUUUGGCCAGCUGCUGGGCAUGGCAGACCACCUGACAUACACGCUGGGGGGCCACGGAUACGGCGCAUACAAGUAUGUUCCCUUUGGGGCGGUGGAGGAGGUGAUGCCGUACCUCAUCCGCCGCGCCCAGGAGAACAGCUCCAUCCUGGCGGGGGCGGCCAUCGGGGACGAGGUGGCCAUGAUGCGGCGCGAGUUUGUGCGGCGCCUGGGCCUCACUGUGCGGCCGCCGCUGCCGGACGACUGA